GCAGAGCACCAGGGCCAUGGCGGACUCAAGCUCAAACUACGGCGCCUUCAUGGACAGCUUCGUGCUACGCUCGCCAUCACCAUCCUCCUCUUCGCAGCUGCUCCCCCUGCACGGCCUCACCUUCGCCAUCAAGGACAUCUUCGACAUCGCCGGCCGCGUCACCGGCUUCGGCAACCCCGACUGGAAGCGGACCCACGCGCCCGCCGCCGCCACCUCCCCCGUCGUCCUCGCCGCGCUCGCCGCCGGCGCCACCAGCCUCGGCACCACCGUCAUGGACGAGAUGGCCUACAGCAUCAAUGGGGAGAAUGCGCACUACGGCACGCCGACCAACCCGUGCGCGCCCGGCCGGGUCCCAGGCGGCUCCUCCAGCGGGUCAGCCGUGGCGGUGGCCGCAAAACUCGUCGACUUCUCCCUCGGCACCGACACCACCGGUAGCGUCAGGGUACCUGCCGCCUACUGCGGCAUCUUCGGCAUCCGCACUUCCCAUGGCCUGGUUUCCGCUGAAAACGUCAUCCCCAUGGCACAGACGUUUGAUACUGUUGGGUGGUUUGCUAGAGAUAUAUCUACGUUAUCUCGUGUAACCAAAGUGCUGUUGCCACUGCCUGAUGACACCGUCAACCAACCUACCAAAGUCACAAUUCCUAUGGACUGCUUCCAAAUCUUAGGGUCUGUCGAUGACAGCACAUAUCAAAUCGUCAAUGUUUCAGUAGCCAAGAGAUUUGGUAGCCACGCCAUAAUAGACAAUAUGAACCUUGGAGAUUUCGUCUGUGACAAUGUUCCGAGCAUAGGAAAGUUCAUUGUUGCCUUCGCUGAAAGCGAACUACCUUCUGUGCCAGCUCUAUCUGCCAUUUCACAUGUCAUGUUCGGCCUUCUGAGGCCUCAGUUCAAAGCAAACCAUGCAGAGUGGGUUAACUCUGCAAAACCUAACCUGGGCCCUGUAUUACAUGAGCGAAUACAUGAUACCAUUGCAUCAGAAGAUAAUGAGCCCCUGGAAGAUUUCCAAGCUAUAAUGGCUGAAUUCAAGUCUGCACUUGCUGCUCUUCUCAAGGAUCAUGGAAUCCUUGCAAUUCCUACUGUUCCUGGCCCUCCACCAUUGGCGGGCAUGGAGGCUUCUCCUGAUCUGGAAAAUUUCCAAGCAAGAGCACUUACCCUUCAAUCAAUCGCGUCAUUAUCCGGGUCUUGUCAGGUGAGCAUUCCAGUGGGCACACGCAAUGGUGUUCCUGUGUCAGUUUCGCUGGUGGCACAACAUGGCGCAGACCAUUUCCUCCUCAGUGUGGCUGAGCAGCUGUAUCAGACACUCUUAGACGAAGCCACCAAAUCUUGGGCCUCAUGAAUUGUCUUGUACGAUUCCACAGGAACAGUCCAAACAUAUAUAUUGCAUAAUUGUGUGAUAUAAAUAAGAGUAAUUUUAUCAUUCUCAAUAAGAUACCGAGAGGUACUUUGUUUUUCUGGUAUAAAAUUUAGUACCUUUAUAUAUAAACCUCGAGAUACCAAAAUUUACUGUGAAACACUUCUUCAAAGAUGGUAAAAUUUCCUGCAAAUAAUAUUGUCGA